CAUUUUCACCUAUUUUCAUGGGGGCGAAACAGGAGCUUAACAUUUCCUACGCGUACCCUUAUUAGGGUUUUACCUGUUUGAUUCUUCCCCCUUCUAUUCUCCAACAAAUUAUCUGUCAAAUUCAAAUUCAAUUUACACGCAUCUAUAUCUAUAUCGAGAUAUGGAACAUGGUAAUGUAGAGAGAGAAAAACUGACUCUGGUAGCAAGGAAAUCUUGUUUUGGACUGCCAACUGCCUGUCCGACCUGUCUGCCAGUUUACAUUUAUCUUAGAUUAUCCCACCUCCCUUUCAAUUUGGAGUUCAAUCUCAUUCACCCAGAUUCUGAUCAAAUACCUUUCGUUGAAUCUGGUAAUUAUGUGGCCUAUAACAAUGAGAAGGGUGGAGUUAUUUGUAGUUUGAAGGAAGAUGGUAUUGUUGAUUUGGACGCUGAGGUUCGUGGUAUACCUGAAUGGGUAUCAACCAAGGCAAUGGUUGAGUCAUGGCUUGCAGAUGCAGUCAUGUAUGAACUUUGGGUGGGGUCUGAUGGUAAGUCUGCGCACAAGAUUUAUUACUCUGAUCUCCCAUGGCCGAUAGGAAAAGUCUUACACUUAAAGCAAGUUCGUGCUACGAAACAACUACUUGGGAUAACUUCAGAGAAUGCAGAGAGAAGAGAAGAAGAGAUUUACAGGAGAGCUACCAGUGCUUAUGGUGCUUUGUCUUCUAGGCUAGGCGAGGAGUCCUUUUUCUUUGAGAAUAGGCCAACAAGUUUGGACGCAGUGGUUCUUGGCCAUGUGCUUUUCACACUUCAUGCAUUACCCGAAACGUCGUUGCUCCGAAGCAAGCUCUUGGAUCAUACUAAUCUUGUAAAUUAUGCUGAAAGCCAUAAAGCAGAGAAUAUAGAUGCCAAUUCAUCUGCAUCUGUUCCUGAAUCAGGCCCCUCUACAUCUGCUUCAAGGCGAGGUCCUUCACAGUGGAGUUCAAAGCCGAAGAGCAAACCUAAGAGGGAGAAAACAGAGGAAGAGAAGAAGUUCAGAAGACGGGCUAAGUACUUUUUGGUCACUCAACUGGUUGCUGUUUUAGUUUUCCUCUCCCUACUCGGUGGAUCUGAUGACGCUGAAGUCGAACUUGAAGAUGAUGAUGAUGCUAUCAAUUAUGACUAAAACAACAACUCCCAUCAACAAGAUAGACUCUGUCAGGUGCUUCUCACCGUGCAUAAUCGGGGUACUUUUUCCUAUUUUCACUUUCAUUUUCAAUGGAAAAAUUUUGGAAAUUUCUUCACAUUUUAAGUUGGUGCUAUUUUUAGGGCAAUUAUAUUUUGGUGGUUGUGAAAAACUGUGAAUUAUUGUUCUUUGCAUAAAAAUAAAAAUCUGUGACAUUUUAACUAC